GCAAUUUAGUCUGAUGAACUUGGUCUUGUUUCUCUCAGGGAUGACUUCUUGUCAGUAGGGUUCAAAUUGGUGUUAUAGUUGACAAAAGAAGAAGAAUAGAAGCAGUAGAGGAAAGUGGUUAUUUAGUGGAUUCUUCUAUGUCAAUCCAAGCCAAUUCCUUACUGCAGAAGUUUUUUCUUCAUGUUUCUUGUUGUUGUUGGAGUCAAAAGUGGUUGUAUAGUGAAUUCUACCAUGUCAAUCGAAAUCAAUUCCUUAAUGUUAUCAGUUUUUUCAUGUUUUUUGUUGGAGUUACGUCAGCUUGUAUGUACAAGUUGAUAUUUGGGUUGGCCAACCCUAGCAGCAGUUGGCAGUUGGCAGUUGGCAGUUGCAAAGAGAGGUAAUAACACAUCAAAUUAUUAAGACGUGUGGAAUCCUGGAAUCAUGAUUAAUACGAUCAACACGUGGAGUCUUUAAAAGGAAAGAAAUCCAAUUGAGGCAAUGCUUUGGAGAAGAAUCAACAAACUUUGAAAUCUAGAAGUUAGUUGCCCACAACCGUUGGUCUCCACGUGUUGCAUCCAUCUAUUUCUUUCCUAUUGAAAACUUCAUGUCUGAUCAUGUUGAUCAUGAUUCAAGGCCUUCACAUGUGAAUAAUAAUUUGAGGUGUUUUCAAGAGGGGGAAUUCAGCAGCAGGUAAUUUAUUCAAAUUGUAUCCACAGCAUAUUGUUUGUUGAUGCUUUUCUUGUUUACAAUCCAUCUGAUUCUUUUUUUUUUCCUUACCUUACAUUUUUAGCUGCCAGUUUGCAAUGAAGGUGUAUUUAGUAGAUAUUGACCCUGCUUACAGUCAUUGACUCAGCCAGUUCGUUAUUGCAGUUCCUGUUUUUGUUUCUCAACCUGAAUCAGAAUGUUUGAGAGGUCAUCAUGACAGAAUAGGGGAAUUGGCUGUUGUGCAAACUGCAGGUGCUGGUGGACGAUGGACAAAAUGACAUGUUAUUUUCAACCCAAUUAGCAAAUGCUGUAGCUCAAGACAAUCUGAAUGCCUUAUGCCUCUUUAUGCGUUACAAGCUACCAAUAAUCUUCUCUGCUUGGUGGGUGGCCUUUACUUUGUAAGAGUUUUUCAAGUCAGUGUCAUUGUUAGCACACAUGCAAGGUUAGAUUUCGCUUUCUGUGUUAAGCUUGUUUGUCCUGUUUGAAAAGAUUGACAUUGUUUGUUUGUGUCCAAAACUUUCUUCAUUGUUGAAAUUAAAUCACAUACAUUUCU